UCAGGAGCGAUCUAGGGGGGGCAGCUUUUACUAUAAAACAGCUUGCAGGUAUGUUGCAACGCAGUAUUUUUGAAAAUACCGAGGAAGCACGACGGACCAAGCGGUCGUUCAAGAUGCGCCACGUGUCAUUGCUGGUGGCGGCCGUACUCCUACUCACGGUCGAAGCGCAAGAUCCUGCCGCUCGAACAUAUGGCUCUCACCAUCACAGUCACCAACCCCAUCCUAACAGCCAUCAUCCUGGGCAUAGCCAUGGCUCCGCUGGUCACCACCAUCAGCUCGACCCACUGCAUCCUCACGCCUUGCAAUCACUGCUUCAAGGGCAGGGCCACCAACAUUCUUCAGUUCCCGCGCAAGUAGGGUCGAACGUCAACACGGUUCCACUCAUGGUGUGUCGCAUCAUUCAGGUCCCUCUGGCCCGGGCUCCGCCUUCCAUCGUUCCCAAGGCGGAUUCCAGUUCCCGGCCGCCCCAGCACGUUUUUCAGAACAUUCCUUCUUCAAUUGGAAACGUCGUUAGCAGGGUUAUGAACCCGGUGGUCUCCCUUCUGCACAAUGCCUCAGUUUGGUUCAACCGCACAUCCCAUCGUGAACACGGCCACAAUGCGCAUCACCCCCACAAUUUUACUGCUCUCAACCACACCGCUCAUCACGGCCAGGGCCACAAUGUGCAUCACCACCGGAAUUUCACUGCGCCGAAGGAGCACGUCGUUCAAGAGAAGCUCCCACCCCCCGGCAAGAUGAGCCCCCAACCGACUCGACGUUGUUCAAGAAUUACCUCUCGUCCAGCCAUCGCAACUGAGACCACUGCAACGCCCAGCUCGGCACCCGUUGUGACAAGCGCGAUCCCGGCUACGGAGUUGACCACUCAUGCAAAUUCGAGCCCCACGGUAACCGCACCUGUCCUGAAGAGCAAACUCUGCGGCUACGCCCCUACUCAGAGUGUUCCUGUUCCACGCGCUUACCCUUUCACUGCCCUGGGAACAGUUGCUACUUCGACAGAUGUGCCUACUCCCAUUCCUGAAGAAAGUACUUCGGAAAUUCAUGAAGGGAUUACCGCUGCCGCAAGUACUGUCCUGCCUACCACUUCUACGGCUGUAUCUCCUUCCCUACCUGAAGACCGAGCGCAAGGAACUGCUUCAACUUUGACUGCUGCCACACUGCUUGCUCAGUCCACUACGAAACCAUUACCCAGCCGUAAUGAACCAGUGGUCUCUACUUAUUCCCCAGCCUCGGAUACUACCACCUCAGGGUCUUCUGUUGUGACCGCAACCUCGGCGGUUAAUAGUACCGUGCAGAGGCCAACGACUGUGCCACUUUCGUAAAGGACGCAGACCGCAGUGGAAAGCAUGUCUGUCGUGCCUCAAGAGACAUCUGACUCUGCAUCCUCCUACACGGUGCCCUUCAAGAGAACCGCAACAAUGUCUUUAAGCGAUGACGUACGUACCAGACGUACUUUGUAAAACUCACUGUACAUACUUGCCUAGUCACGUAUACAUGUUUUAAUGGUACAUUUUCCACCCAUAACUUAUGUCGCAUCGCCAUGCAAUAAACGCGGAUUCUUUUAUCUGGCA